CUCCGCCACAGUGGUACGAUCGUACAACUUCAGCCCCUGUACCGUCACUAUGGAUGCCAAAUCGCUGCAACAAGCACGUGGGACGCCGCCUCCCGAAGAGCGUCGUCCCCUUCUCGGUCCCGAUGGUGAGGUUGUACAAUAUGAAGUGGACGAUGACAUAAAGGGUAGGUCCCGACAACCAGCAUCACGAUGGACAUCAGUUUGGGCCAAGUCAAUCUUUAUCACGGCCAUCCUCUUGAUUAUGUGUAUCCUGCUGGUCCUGUCCUUGCUCUUUCUGGGCCUAGGUAUCUCUGGCCUCCCCCAUGGCCCGUCCGAGAAACCAUCGUCUCCACACGCUCCUAUCAAGAAUGUGGUGGUACUCGUCCAAGAAAAUCUCUCAUUUGACACCUAUGCGGGAGGCCUGACAUACAACCCUACAAUUGACGGCCUCGUGAAUAGAAAGUAUUGCAACCCUUCCGACAUAGAAGAUCAUAAAUCGCACCAAGUCUGUGCCAAACCUACCGCCAAGAAUGUCGCCCCCGAUGAUCCCGACCAUUCCAUCGCGGGUGGAUCAAUGCAGGUCUACAGCACUUAUCAUCCGGAUAACAUCAGUAGUGCUUCCAUGCAAGGAUUUGUGACAGAACAGGUCCGCUCAUAUGGCAUCGACGGCGAUCUCUCCCGCGCGGCCGAAGUCAUCAACUACUACACCCCGGACCAUGUCCCUGUCCUCAAUGCUAUGGCAGAGAAUUUUGUACUGUUUGAUGCCUGGUUUGCUGCAGUUCCGGGUCCUACUAAUCCCAACCGCGCCUACUUGACGUCUGGGACUAGCUAUGGGCAUGGAAUGAACGACAUUGGCUUUUUGACCUCGGCUCUGCCUCAGGUGUCAAUAUUCGAACAGUUGUCCAACGCUAACAUCAGCUGGAUCAAUUAUUCCAACACAACUGGCUUCCUCCCUGAUGCACUGUUCUAUAAGUGGACUUUGAGGACCGGAAAGUCCGAAACACACAUCAAGCCCAUCGACGAGUUCUACCGCGACGCCAAGGCAGGCACCCUUCCACAGUUUACCUGGAUCAAUCCUGAAUGCUGCAAGUACAUGUCGUUCCAUCCUCCGUCCCCCAUAAACAUGGGCGAGGGAUUCAUCAAGAGCAUCUACGAGGCGCUUCGAUCCUCACCGCAGUGGAACGAGACCCUCUUCAUCUUGACCUUUGACGAGCAUGGAGGUUUCGCGGAUCACGUCUCCCCGCCCGAGAACGUGCCUCCUGGUGACCAUCACACUCAUAAAGAGUGGGCUCUAGACGGAAGCAGGAUUGAGUUCAAGUUCGAUCGGCUGGGAAUACGUGUCCCCACGCUGCUGAUGUCUCCCUGGGUCGGGAAGGGUGUUGUGCAGAAUCGUCCCACAAAUCAGCCGAACGAUUUCACCCAUACUUCUAUUUUGAAGUAUCUCUCUGAACUGUGGGAUUUGCCUGUAUUGACGCCGAGAGUUGCCUGGUCGCCAAGUUUCGGAGGCUUGAUCACCAACAGGUAUCGGGAAGAUACCCCUGAGAAACUUCCUGAGCCUGCUGACUUCUAGAUGAUCUAUAAUGGAUGUGACAUGAUAAAAUGUAAUAAUCAGAAUGGACCAUAGGUUGCACACUUUCUGCAUAUGAUAUUGGCUGAGGACUGGAUCUGGCUCGAGAACAGUGUCAAUUACUUGAUUAAUUAUUCUAUUAUCGUUCAUAGUUAUAAAGAAUGGCAA